CUGCGGAGUCCAUUUUGUUGCAGUCGUUCAGAACGUAGUCGGGAGGAGCGAAGACCUAGCGGAGCUAGAGCGUAGACAAAGCGGAGACAGACCAGAGACAGAACUUCAGAGUCAUCCACGAAGUUAAGAUCUCUCGUUGGAGAUACAGUCCCUGUAGUUCUCAGUUCUCUCGUUCCGAGGCGUUGAGGCUCCCAGCGGACCAGACCCGAGCAGGAAGUCGAGCUCGGCCUCCUGAGCACCGUGCCCGGCCUGGUCAGGUUGAUGUUGAGCAGCUCUCCGCGGCCCAUGAGCAGCGCACCCCGGCGGACAGGUAGACCCAGGACGAGGACCUGGAGCCCGACUAGGAGGAGACACCUCAGCUCCGGCAGCUCCACCAGCAGCACCACAACACAGAGGUGACGUCUAGUCUGACAGCCAUGGGAGGCGGAGAGCGCUACAACAUUCCAGUGUCACACCCUGAACGCCAGCUGCCAAAGAAGACCAAGCAGAGGGGGCGGGACCAGAGCGUGGUCAUCGCCGUGGCAGCGGCCGCGGGCAUCAUGGGCGGCCUUCACAACCACCGGCGGGGCGACAAGAACCCCGCCUACCCCGGCUCCCUGGAGGCGCGGCAGGCCGCGUCGGCCGAGAAGAAGGGGGCGUCGGUGCGCUUCGCCGCCAGCUACGACCACAACUGGGAGGGCGCCGUGUCCCACCUCAACACGCUGCUCGCCGGACAGGGGAGCCCAAAGUUCGCCGGACCCAAGUUCAGCGAGCCGCCCUCCCCCAGCGUGCUGCCCCGGCCCCCCAGCCACUGGGUGUCCUUCCCCAUGCGCUCCGGCGACAGCCGCGAGCUCAUGGCCUUCCAGCUCAAGAGCCUCCUCAAGGUUCAGGCCUGAGGCGGACUCACCUUUGACCUUUCACCCCCCCCCUCCCCUCCCUUUUAGUUCGACACACCAACGCAAUGAACUGAGGCUCCGUGGGGGGGGCCGUCGCCCGGUAGCAACGCAGCGGCGCCUAGCGGUCCGGGGGACUAUCAGGGCGUGGGGGGGCAUCGGGUUCACAGCCCAGUGCGACCCCCAGCGCCCGCUGGUCCACACCCGGGCCGCUACCGCUCUGCUGCCUUGCUGCUGGGCGACGGCGCCCCCGCGGAGUCUGUUUCCCUAACGGACGAUGGACUGGGUCCCCUUUGUGCUCCUGCUCUUCUGUUUUGUUUUGCUGAGGCCCCUCAUUGGAGGCGUGGAGGCUCUGACGCUCAUCCACACGUAGCAUUUACGUCCCCGCAUACCCAGCUCAGCUCGUAUGUUGACCUUUUAUUUUUGACCCAGUUAUUUUGUUUUGACUUGUACCUUUAUUCUGAAAAGACACUUAACAGGGAUGGGAGAGAUACAGGAGGAGGGGCUUGCGUAUCAUGAGGUCCAAUCAGAACCCCCGGUACCAUUGCGCCGGGCCUGCGACCUUCAACUCUUGUGUUAUUUUUAAAAAUGCGCUGUGCGCAAUGCACUCUGGGAGUUGAGCUCGCACCCGGGCUGAGUCCUCACAGCUCAUUAUUCUGUGUGUGUGUGUGUGUGUGUGUGCGUGUGUGUGUGUUCCGCCGUCUCUUGAGGCGGUCGGGCGGGGGGGUCCUAGUGCCAUAUCGAACCCCGGCCAUGACCAGAACCCCGUCUCCCUGCCCCUCCCGCUCCGUCGCCAUGGCAGCAGCGUGGCGCCUGCGGAGGUCAGCGGCCUUCGGGCCGCUGGGCUGCGCUGCUGCUGAGGCUUACUGGGGCAGGCGGGGGGGUAGUGGGAGACGACCCCGGACCCUGUUGGAGGGCAGCCCCCCCCCCUGAUGUGUGGUAUGAAAGACCAGAAAGAGUGAAUAGUGUGGCCAUCCACAAAACGUACAGAUUCUCACUGCCGCCCCCCCCCUUCUCUUGCACUGCAAUCAGACGCGUGGGGCGUAGACUAUCCCCCCCCCGGGGGUCUCUGGUCUGGUGAGCCCCCCAUACACCCCUCCUCUCCACCCCUUCCCCCUCCAGACAGCAGCUGUAGUCCGCCCCGGCUGGCAGAACAAAGUACCAGAGCACGAGCUCCGAAGAGCCAUGUAUAUAUUGAAAUGUAUAAAAAUACUUGUAGCAUAUGUACAUUAUGCAGGGGGUUUUCUUCCGCCCUGCGUGACAAAGUAUUUUUAGUAAUAACACUGAAUGUACGGCGCUACGACGCGCCUCUACUUCAAAUGCUGAGUUAUUUUUGUUAAAAAAAAGAAAAUCCUUUGCUCUGCACCCGUCACUGGUCUCUCUCCAGUGGUCUGCACUGGUCUCUCUCCAGUGCUCUGCACAUGUGUUAUUUUCUACAGUGUAGGGUCAUGAUGCAGGAGGUGCAAGAUGAGCUGAUCUAAACCGUAAACCAUUCGACCUCUUCUCGGAGACUUUUGCAUGUAUGACCGCCCCAGACCUGUGGUUAUGAUUCUGCUGAUUUUACCCGUAUUUUAAUCCCGUAAUUUUAAUCGCCCUGACCCCCUUAAUGUUGAGACCCGUGUCUCCCCCUAUUGGAAAGUUUCUAAAUGCUCUUGCCCUGUAAUAGAAUUCUAAUUUUAACGUCGUUGUUGUCCACUACUUGAAGGUCAUUUUUAAUACGCCAAAUGUGUUGGCUGUUUAACCACAACAGCCAACGGUAGGUAAACUUAAGCCUGAUUUGCACAGUAUUGUAAUGUUAGUCUAAUGCCCCCCCCCCCUUCAGUAUGCUGAAGGGUUCUUAUUUUGUACCUGAAACGCCACAUUCAAUCCUGUUUACCUCCGCUAGCUGAUGACUGACUGUGGUGAUUCAUGUGUAACUGGCCGUCCUCGCUGACAUGUUAAUUGUAUUGAGAAAUGUCUGUCAUGCAUGCAAAAGUCUCAACGAAUUUAGAAAAAAAACAAUUGGCUGUUAAUUUGUCCCCCCCUUGUCCGAAGUCACCGAUUAUGAGAGAUGUUUGCCCACCAUGUACAAUUUGGCUUUAAUUCGAAAUGUGAACGAAAUGCACUAUUAGUUUAAACAAAUAUUUAUCCCAAAAAAAUAAAUCCUUCCCUUACCCCCUAA